UGUGCCGCCCGCGCUGCCGGAGCUCCGGGCCGGGGCUCGCCGCCGCCUGCGAGGGUUUUCCCCCGAAAUCCCCGGGCUGGGCGGGCGGGUGGUGCCCGGCCCCCUCCCUCCGCUGCGGGGAGAGGCCCCCGGUUCCCCUUCGGAUUCCAACAGGAAAAUUCUCUUGACCGUGUGUCUGGGUAGUUUUUGAGGAUGGCAAGCAAAGGACCCACAACUUCUGCAUCAACAAAGAGCUCCAGUACUGGAGGGACCAGUGGCAGCAGUAGCAGUAACGGUGCUGGGGAUAAUGCUAAUCAGGACAACACUUUCGAAUGUAACAUCUGUUUAGACACUGCCAAGGAUGCAGUGAUCAGCUUGUGUGGACAUCUCUUUUGUUGGCCUUGUUUACACCAGUGGCUAGAGACAAGGCCAAACAGACAAGUGUGUCCUGUAUGCAAAGCAGGAAUCAGUCGAGAUAAAGUUAUUCCUCUGUAUGGAAGAGGCAGCACUGGGCAACAGGACCCCAGAGAGAAAACUCCGCCACGACCCCAAGGACAGAGACCUGAACCAGAGAACAGAGGGGGAUUCCAGGGCUUUGGGUUUGGCGAUGGUGGCUUCCAAAUGUCAUUUGGAAUUGGGGCGUUUCCCUUUGGUAUAUUUGCAACAGCAUUCAACAUAAACGAUGGGCGACCUCCUCCAGCUGUUCCAGGGACUCCUCAAUACGUGGAUGAGCAGUUCCUAUCCCGCCUCUUCCUGUUUGUGGCUCUGGUGAUAAUGUUCUGGCUGUUGAUUGCAUAAAUCUUUUCCAUUAUUCUGCAUAUUCAUGGCCUGCAAGGCCACUGAAACAGUUACAAACUGCAUCCCCAUCCCAUUUAAAACCUCUUGGUGUCUGGUUCCGUAGCUAACUAUGGGCUUCAGGAAUUGGUGCUACCACGGCACAGCGAGGAGUCUCGCAUUUUGCACCAGAGUUGGAAAUUAAACAUAGGUUGAAAACCCUGUUUCAGCUCAGCUAUCUGUACAAUGGGUUCCUGCCACAAACCACGGGCCUAGCUUUGAGCUCUGCUCCUGAAAGGAGUGCUGCUUUGAGUUCCUGUGCCAAGCAGUGACACCAGGUUUAUGUGAAAGACCGUUGCCCCAAGGUAGACUGGGCAGGUAAGGAAACUUCUGCAGUGUGAUCAGUAUCUCGCGCUUGGCAACCGCCAUGGAUCUGCCAGAGCUGUGGAUGUUAUUUAACGUCUUCACAUCAACAUCCAACCUUCUUCAGGAAAUCAUCUGCAGCGCUGCUGAGACUCUCUGGGCACAGCACGUGAUGCAAACGGAACCAGGUUUGGAGACUGUUUUCUCUUCUUGCUGUUAUUUCCCGGCGUGAUGGAAAACCCCUCCAGAAGCGGUUCUAAUGGCUCUUAGAAGAAGGGAUACAAAUUUAUGCUGCAAUUUUUUUAAAACCUGAAUUUGCUGGAGCCAGACACUGGAAGAUUCUCUCCUUGUGGAGCUGGGUGGGGUUGCCGAACAGCGCGACUGUCUGCCUCACCCAGCCCAGUUCCUCACUGACAAAACAGUGUUGUCUUCCUUGGUUCUGCGUGGCAGCCUGUGGCUGCAGUCCUGGAUAAUCCCCUCAGCCCUGUCACUGUAGCUACAUUUAUUCUUCCCAAGGCUUUGAGACUUUCUACGCAAGAUCAUGUACUCCAAAUAAAGUCCUAUUACAGAUGGGAGGUCAGCUGGUUUGGGGAGAGGAACAAAAGGUAUCUUGACGUGAGUUUUGAGGUUAAACUUGUCAUACUGUAAAACUAUACAGGAGGAAAAACGAGAUCCUGCCUUUGCUAGCACAUGCCACAGUAGGGAACAUCUGGAAGAGCUUCUCUCUGCAGGUGCAUACAGCUGCUCUGUGCCACAGCAGAGUGGCUCUAGUGUCAGCGUCUCUGCAGUGUCUACCAAAGAUAUGAAUUUGAAGUGUGGGAGGAGACCACAACCAUUUAUGUGCUGAGGGGAAAAUAGUUCAGAAGGUGAGCACUCUGUAGCUGUUCUGGGAUCCUGUUGGGUGUCCAGCUUUAAAGAGUACUCCUGAUCUAUUUGUGUAGAUGCCUUCAGAACAGCAGAUAGGAGAGAGUCCCUAGCAAGACUGAACAGUUUUCAUAUUUCUCUGACUAGGCAAUUAAAUUUUUCUUUCUCUUAUUGUUUUUAGAUUAUUUUGAUUCAGAUUGCUGAGAGUCAUAAUGAUUUCCUUCAAGAUGAAUAUUGUGACUUCCCUGGCAAUAGACAGAUAACUGACAAAACAAAUCAACUCGUAGACACUUUGUUUCAAUAGCUAGGGUUUUUCUAGGGUAUGGAUGAGGUUCCUGGGCAGGACCUUAAUUAGUUGUUGUAGAAGCUUAUUUAUGUAAUUAUAAACUCUUCACUUCUAGUAUCAAGACAGAGGAUGACUUUAACUUGCCUACCUCCAGAAUUCCAUCUGGCAAGUAGAAUGUGGCAAAGCUUCUGCUGUGUUUUGCCAUUUAUACCUGACUCAGUGAUAAUCUUUCGGAAUAUAUUGCUCAGCUACAAAUAAUUGAAGUGGGGCUUCAGCUUUUGUCGUGUGGCACUUUCGAGAAGCUCCACUUCUGCAUCUGGUUCUUCUCGAGUGCGUAACUUGGUACCCAGGACCCUUUCCAGGAGGAAGGCUGUUCGUUGCCUUCUCCGGAGCCAUCAGCCGCAGCACCGUGUGGCGGCGCGGGGUUCCCUUCGUGAGGAGGCAGCGCCACCUGCUGGUGGAAAGGGAAAGUUCAUG